AUGACAAUCCCCAGCCGGGCAGGGCUGAGGCUGGCUCCCGAGCCCGAGCCAGCGCCGCGGACAGACGGCCCUGGGACGGAACCCUGGACGGACACACUGGCGGAAUGGGCGGCAGCUGGCCCCGGCGUGGGCACGGAGAGGCCCAGCCUCCGGACACAUCCAGAAGGGAGCGGCCACGGGUCGGAGCUGGAGAGAGCCCAUAGCUUUUGGACUGAACCGCAAACGCGCGACCUCCGAGCCCACCCUGUGAGUGCCAGCCCCUGGGCAGAGCUAGAAGCAGAUGGGCCCCAGGUCCUGCCAGAGAGGGACAGGUUCUGUGCUGAUGGCCCCAGAAGCCACAAGAACUGUCCCAGUGUCCCCCCUCAGCCGUGGUGGGGCUGCCCCUCAACACACCCAAGUACCGAUGGCUGCAGGACACCACAGGAGACGGACGGCCACUGGACAGAGCCACAGGAUCCUAGAUCCCAGACACCACAAGCCACCGAAACCGCCUGGCAGCAGCCUGGCCCUGGGGGACCCUGGGCAGGGCCUGGGACAGACUGCCUUUGCGAAGAGCCCCACAGAGAGGACCCGGGAAAGGAACCCGAGGCCGGGGAGCUGGUGACUCACCUCUGCACUCACCUGGGGUCUAGCCCCCCAGGGUGCACCGUGCCCCGCCUCAUCAUCACCCCUGAGACCCCAGAGCCUGGGGCCCAGCCAAGGGGGCCCCCCUCCCAGUUCGAGGGGGGCAGUGGUGGCUUCUCCUCUGCCUCCUCUUUCGACGAGUCCGAGGAUGACAUCGUGGUGGCUGGGGGCGGAGGUGCCAGCGACCUUGAGGAUAGGUCUGGGCACAAGCCGUGGAAGAGGCUGAAGACAGUUUUGAAGUACUCGCCUUUUGUCGUCUCCUUCCGGAAACACUACCCGUGGGUGCAGCUGUCCGGACACGCUGGGAACUUCCAGGCCGGGGAGGACGGCCGGAUUCUAAAGCGGUUCUGCCAGUGUGAGCAGCGCAGCCUGGAACAGCUGAUGCAGGACCCCCUGAGGCCUUUUGUGCCAGCCUACUAUGGUACGGUGGAGCAGGACGGCCAGACGUUCAACCAGAUGGAAGAUCUCCUGGCCGACUUUGACGGCCCUUCCAUCAUGGACUGCAAGAUGGGCACCAGGACCUACCUGGAGGAGGAGCUGGUGAAGGCACGAGAGCGGCCGCGGCCCCGAAAGGACAUGUACGAGAAGAUGGUGGCCGUGGACCCCGGGGCCCCCACCCCCGAGGAGCAUGCCCAGGGCGCAGUGACCAAACCCCGCUACAUGCAGUGGAGGGAGACGAUGAGCUCCACCUCCACCCUGGGCUUCCGCAUCGAGGGCAUUAAGAAAGCCGACGGGACCUGCAACACCAACUUCAAGAAGACCCAGGAGCUGCAGCAGGUGACCAAGGUGCUGGAGGACUUUGUUGAUGGAGACCGUGGCAUCCUGAGGAAGUACGUGGAGCGCCUGGAAUGCUUGCGAGACGCUCUGGAGGACUCCCCCUUCUUCAGGACCCAUGAGGUUGUGGGCAGCUCCCUCCUCUUUGUGCACGACCACACUGGCCUGGCCAACGUCUGGAUGAUAGACUUUGGCAAGACUGUGGCCCUCCCGGGCCACCAGACUCUCAGCCACCGUCUGCCCUGGGCCGAGGGCAACCGCGAGGAUGGCUACCUCUGGGGCCUGGACCACAUGAUCCGCCUGCUGCAGGGACUGGCCCAGAGCUGACACAUCUGCCCACCACCACCUUUAUUUAUUGGGGGGUGCAAGUCAGCUAGGGGUGCCCCAAGAUGCCAUGGGGGCAGAGGUGGACAAUGGAGGAGCCGACCUUGGGGUGGGGAGAGGCUGUGCUGUCCACCCCACAAGACCCGUGUGGAGAGUCUAGGGGGCGCCAGCCCUUCUGCUCCACAGGGUGGGAAGAACCCGAGAAAGUUCCUGAUGCGUCAGUCAAACCAGAACUGGGUCCCAACAGCCAGGGGGCUGAGGGGGCUGCCUUCAGAGAACACAAGCCCCACGUCACUGGGUGCACCUUUGAUGGUCACCGCGGCCCUGGCAGCUCUCCCUGGCUGAGCAGUCCCUCCCUGGAUCCCCAGAAGACCAGCAUCUAUCCUGUGAACUGCCGGGGAGAGGCCACCCUCUGUAUUUAGAGUCCACUCUGGGCUGAGCUGAGGAAGGUAUGGCCACCUGCAACACUGCCCACGGGCCCUGAUUGCUGCCAACACUAACGGGGGUCCUUCCAGGCCCCAAGGCACUACCUGUGGACCCCAGCCACAGCAGCCUGAGCCUCCAAGCCACCACUGUGACCCAACAGCCCUGUUCCUGGGCCCCACUGUGGCCUCCGGGACUCCCUGCCACCACCCUCCGUGGAAGUGGAGGACCCCACCUGGGGCGUGCCAGGUUCCCUGGCCCAGAGCACAGCACAUACUCAGGCCCCGCUGCUUCUGGCACCUGCCUUAGGGCCUCAGGGCGGCCAAGGGGGGCAGCCAGCACCUACCUCUUCCCUUAGCUGAGGGAUUCCCCCCCUGCUCUGAUGACCUGCAACUAUUUAUCAGGGCAGCCGUUGUCAGGGGUGGCACAGUGGGGAGUGGGGGCUGUGACAGGAGGCAAGAUGGCACCGAGACGCCUUCCCUGGACACCACGCUGCAAUAAACGGGCCCUCGGUCA